AUGGAAUUCCAGGCGUCCAACACCAACUUACGCAUCAUCACCCUCGAUCCCAUGUUUGUCUCAACAUACUCGGACCCGGGGCCCCUCCUCGCGGAUCUGGCAACCCUGGACCUCUCCGGCGAUGUGAAGCCGCCCACCUUCCACCUCUUCGGCUCUCUCUCGCCCGAGCUCCGUACCAAGAUAUGGCGUCUCGCAGCGCCCAAGCCCGCCGUCAUCGAGCGCUCGCCCAAUAACACCACCAUGAGCUACGGCCUGCGACGCCGCGUCCCAGCCCUUCUCCACGUCUGUCGGGAGUCCCGCGCCGAGCUGCUCUAUGAGUCUAAAGACCGACGCGGCUCGCGGGACGAGCAGUAUGAGAUGCUGUAUCUUUCGAGAGGCCUCCAGGCACAGGGCCAUGGUGUGUAUAUGAAUUAUCGCAAUGAUACCCUGUUCAUGUACAGAGGACCGUCCCAGUCAAUCAUGCCAGAUGCAGCCAACUUUGCCAAUCUCCAAAACCUGGCCAUGGAAUGGGGCCUCCGCCCCUGCUGGGUCCAGAAUCACUGCCACGAAGGCGUCCGCCUCAUCCGGCAGUUCCCACAGCUGAAGACGCUGACGCUGCUUGUCAGCUUCAAGAUCUACAAUGAGCUGCCGCUGGGUGAGUCGGGCAGCAAGCACAGAGAGCAGACGCAGAAGCGCCGUGCGCUGAGGGAGAUCAAGUCUUGGGUUGUUGGGGCCAUGGACCAGGCUAGAGAGUCGGAUGAGAAUGCUCGUGGCGCUGCCAACGAUGCGUCCGCGUCUACAUCUGCGCGCAUGUCGCAGGAGCCUGUGUGGAAUCCACCCGAGGUCAGGGUCGUUCCAAAGACAAAAUACUGGAGUGUCCCGUCGUGGGCAGCUUAG